AUGUCAUUGGGUAAAAAUAAAUUAAUUAAUAAUGCAAUUAAUAGAUCAUAUGCAUUAAUAGAUUACAAUAUUCAUAAUAAUAUACACAAAAGAAAUGAAUUCCAAAAACAAACAAUUCUUGAUGAUGAAUCACUUACGGAAAAUGAAAAAUCUGAAGCAAUAAAAAUAAUAACUAAAUAUUAUGAUUAUGCCAAACUUGUUUUUAAUGAAGGAACAAAAAGAAUUUGUGAAAAUUGUAAUCGAGAAUGUUUAGCUACAACAUAUUGUGAAAUUUGUGUUCGAAAUUAUUUAAAAGCAAAAUUUUCAAAUUGGACAUCUGGAAAUGAUAUUAUUGAUAAUUUAAUACAAGAAUGUCAAAUGAAAACAAUUGCCCCAUAUUUAAUACCAGAAUGGAUUCUAUAUAGUAAUCUACAAAAUAUUGAAUACCUAACAAAAGGUGGAUUUUCAGAAAUUUAUACAGCAGGCUGGGUUGAUGGAAGAUAUGAAGAAUGGGAUUCUAAAGAACAACAAUUAAAAAGAUCUGGAAGUCAUGAUGUAAUACUUAAAAGAUUAGAAGAUGUUGAAAAUGCAAACCAAAGUUGGAUUGAAGAGGCUAAAUCACAUUUAAAUAUAAGCAAUAAAUGGAAUCAAAUUGUCCAAUGUUAUGGAUUAACACAAGAUCCAUCAAAUGGAGAUUAUAUGCUUAUAAUGAAUAAAUAUGAAAUAGACUUAAGAAAAUAUUUACAACAAAAUCAUAAUCAACUUACAUGGAAAGAAAGAAUUCAAAUUAUUACUGAUAUAACUACUGCACUUGAAAGUAUUCAUGGUGAAACUGCAAUUCAUAGAGAUUUGCAUUCUGGAAAUAUAUUAUUUAAAAGGGGUAGAUUUGAUAUUAGUGAUCUUGGAUUUUGUGGACCUGCAGAUAAAUCAUUAAAAAGUAUAUAUGGAAAUCUUCCUUAUAUAGCACCUGAGGUUAUUAUUGGAAGAGAACAGACUUUUAAAUCUGAUAUUUAUAGUAUUGCAAUGCUUAUGUGGGAAAUUUCAUCUGGACAACCACCAUUUAUUGAUUAUGAACAUGAUUACUAUCUUGCAAUGAAUAUUGUUAAUGGUAUAAGACCUAAAAUUGUACCAGGAACUCCUUUAAAAUAUAAAAAUUUAAUGAAACAAUGCUGGGAUGCUGAUCCAUCAAAAAGACCUGAUAUUUUUACACUUGGGAAAAAAAUGAGUAAAAUUAAUUUAUUUUAUCAAAUUAGCAGCAAAAAGUUAUCCAAUAUAUUUAAAAGAAGCUCAAAAAAUGGCAAAUAUUUAGAUAGUACAGAAGAAUUAUAUAAAUUAGAUAAAAUUAUUACACCUGAUUUUUUUCUUAUCGUAAAUUAUUUAAACACUAUGACUUGA